CAUCUUGUGUUUAGAAAGUGUUUUACUGUUUAAGGUGAAACUGGACAGACUUCCAAGAAUCGUAGAUUAGCAGCCAUUCGACCUCGCAUUUCCAUUGAAGAACUCAGGAAUGUAUUUAAACGACAAGCAUCGCAAACUCCGGAAGGAGGAGAUCCCAUCUUUGACCCCAUGGCAAAGGCUCAGGAGGGUAUGAAGAUAGUCCGUGGCAAGACAGGGGUGGUGUAUGAUGAACGCAUGGCUGAACAUCGCUGCCUCUGGGAUGAGAAUUACCCUGAGCGUCCUGAGAGGCUGUUACACACACUGGAAAGGUGCAGAGAGCUUGGACUACUUAAUCGGUGUGAGACUUUAGUGCCCCGUUCUGCAACAGAAGAGGAAGUACUGAAGCUCCACUCCCCUACACAUCUUGCCUUUCUAUGGAGCACGAAAGGGGAAGCUGAUUACAACAAGCUUGAAGCACUCUCUGCCCACUUUGAUUCCAUUUUUCUUCAUCCAUCAACAUAUGAGAACACUCUACUUGCUGCUGGGUGCACUUUAGAUUUGGUGGAUGCAGUAGCAUCAGGAAAACUACAGAAUGGCUUUGCUCUGAUCAGACCACCUGGCCAUCAUGCUAUGGAGUCAGAGAUCUGUGGGUUCUGCUACAUAAACAAUGUGGCCUUAGCAGCUCGUCAUGCCUUAGAAAAACAUGGCUUGUCACGCAUCCUCAUAGUUGACUGGGAUGUCCACCAUGGGCAAGCCUCCCAGUAUGCAUUUUACUCAGACCCCAGAGUGCUCUACUUUUCUAUUCACCGCUACGAACAUGCCAGUUUUUGGCCCCACCUGCGGGAAAGUAACUACAACUACGUAGGUGAAGGAGCUGGCCGAGGCUUCAAUUUCAAUGUUCCCCUCAACAAGACUGGCAUGAGGAAUGAAGACUACUUAGCCAUUUUCCAUCAAAUUCUUCUUCCUGUGGCAUACGAGUUCAAUCCUGAGCUCAUCAUUGUUUCGGCAGGGUAUGAUUCUGCAAUUGGAUGUUUUGAGGGAGAAAUGGAAGUGUCACCAGGCUUCUAUGGCCACCUCACCUCAAGUUUAAUGACACUAGCCCAGGGAAGAGUGGCUAUAGUUUUUGAGGGAGGCUACUGUCUGGACUCCUUAGCAGAGGGUGCAGCAAUGACACUGAGUAUACUGCUUGGAGAUUCUUGCCCUGUACUGCUGGAUCCCAUCAAGGAACCAUCACUCAGCUUGAGAGAGUCACUUCUAAAUCUUAUUUAUGUGCAACGGCCAUAUUGGAAGUGCUUCCAGUAUCAGGGGUCAUUUUCAGUGCAAGAAGAGUCUGGUGAGACUGUCAAAGCAAGGCAUACUCCUUCCCUUACUUUUCUUGGCCUUGAUGCCAGACCUUACAAAUUUCCAACCAGGAAUAUUCAUGCUGUGCAGCCACCUGAGCAAUUGGAGAAGAUAAGGUUAAAACUUACUCAGCUGAAGCAAAAAGAAAGGACUAAACCUCUGCUUGAAGCUAGACUCAGCUUGGUAUAUGAUGAAGAGAUGAGCAGUCAUAAAAGUUUGUCUGAAGUUGAACAUCCAGAAAGACCUGAAAGAACAACAAAAAUCUGGGAGUACAUGAAUCACUAUGGCAUUAUAAACCGAGCGAAUGUUCUCCAGUCCCGCCGAGCUACUCGGGAAGAAGUGGAACUUGUACAUACCAAAGAGCAUGUAGACUUCAUGUAUAACAUGGGGUCAUUAAGUGAAGAGGAGCUUAAGCACCUGCAGGAUAAAUACACAUCUAUAUACUUUCAUGCCAUGAGCAAUGAUGCAGCUCUGCUAGCUGUUGGUAGUCUCUUACAGGUUGUGGAUAGUGUGUGCAGUGGUGAAACCCUAAGUGGCAUUGGUGUAGUGCGACCACCUGGGCACCAUGCUGAGCACACCCAUCCAUAUGGUUUCUGUUUUUAUAACAAUGUUGCUAUUGCUGCCAAAUAUGCCCUCAGACAGUAUGGAUACCAACGUGUGUUAAUUUUGGACUGGGAUGUUCACCAUGGAAAUGGAAUUCAACAUGCCUUCGAAUCCAAUCCACAUGUCCUUUACAUCUCUAUUCACCGAUAUGACCAUGGGCUCUUCUUUCCUUCCUCUGAAGAUGCAAACUAUGACCGGGUUGGCACAGGUGCAGGGGAAGGCUAUAAUGUCAACAUCCCAUGGAACAAGAGUGGUUUAGGGGAUGCAGAAUAUAUAUCUGCCAUGCUGCAGGUAGUGUUACCCAUUGCCUACCAGUUCGAUCCCCAGCUGGUCCUGGUCUCUGCUGGGUUUGAUGCUGCUCGUGGAGAUCCGUUGGGAGGCUGCCGUGUGACCCCCGAGUGUUACGGGCACAUGACACACCUGCUAUCAAGUCUUGCUGGGGGCAAGAUUGUGUUGGCACUUGAAGGUGGUUACAACCUCAACACCAUCAGUUACUGCAUGACCAUGUGUGCUAAGGCUCUCCUAGGUGACCCGAUGCCAUUAUUGGAGGCAUCGCUUGUCCCAAGUAAAGGUGCUGUGCAGACCAUCAAUGAUGUUAUCAAGACUCAUUCACAAUAUUGGUCUAUUCUCUGUUUCCAGGUUGAUCUUCCGAUAGAGGAUGUUCUUUGUCAAGGAUUUGGAGGUGGACCACAAGCAGUUGAAUCUGGUGUGUCAGGUUCAGAGGUAUCAUCUUGUGCUUCCUCCCCUAUUUCAACUCCGUCCACUAACUCCCCUGCAUAUGUUUCUGCUCCUGCCUCACCAGAAAAGUUAAAUGAGAAAUUACAGCGUGAGAGUGAUGCUGCCACUCCGGUAGACUUGAUUGACAUUGAGACUAAAUCAUGUUCAGAAAAAUUGGAAGUGGAUUCCAGCCCACGUUCUGUGAGAGCACGAAUAAUUGAUAGGAAGAAUCCUUCAAUUGAAAAAGAGGAAAGCAGCACAAAUGACAUAGAGGAACCCAGUGUAGAUUCUAACACUUCUGAAAUACCACUACAAACAAGAGCAGGCCAAGGUGGACAAUCCAAAAAAACAAGGAAAAGAUCAGGUAAACAGCAAGGAAGAAUACCCAGCCAUGAAAGGGGAAAUCUGUCACGGACUCCUACACGCACUCGCAAAUCUUCCUGGAGUGAAGGAGCUUUGCGUGCUGCUGCAUCCAGCAUUGAUAAAAUAAAAGGUCCAACUGCAGUUAUAUCCAAUCAGGAUUAUUGUGAUACUAGUAGCUUGGAAUAUAUAGAAGGUGCUGGGAACAUUAAAAACAUCAUUAAGCGAUGCAGUGAACUGAAUUUGUUGGAGACAUGCACCAAACUCAAACCAAGACCUGCCACUGAGGCAGAGAUAUUGGCUGUUCACAAUGAGGAAACAUUAAAAAAUAUUCCCAGAGGAGCAGUUUAUGAUGAUAUUUUAACUGCUGCUGGAAGCACUGUAGAACUGAUUCAGGAAAUAGUCUUGGGAAGAGCACAGAAUGGUUUGGCUAUUAUACAGUCAUCAGGUCACUUGAUGUCAGAAACUAGUGCAUCUUCCAACAUCUGCUUGAAUAACAUUGCUUUUGGGACUCGCUAUGCACUGGAUAAUUUGAGCCUUAGACGGGUGCUAAUAAUCGAUUGGGAUGGUCAGCAUGGCAAUACUACACAGGGCAUCUUUGAUGAUGAUCCACGUAUCUUGGUGUUUUCUAUACACAUAUGCAGUUGUCAAAAGCCAGAAGAGAAUACUUUUGAUAAAAUGAGAGAACAUAGAGGACAAGGCUACAAUUUCAAUGUUAAAUUAGAUUGCAGUGUAUUUCAGAGUGAUUACUAUUCAAUCUUUUAUCAGCUGCUGUUGCCAGUAGCAUACGAAUUUUCUCCUGAACUCGUUAUAGUCUUGGCUGGUUACAACUUAUCACUACACUCGGAAAACAUUCAUCCAGUAAUUUAUUCACAUUUGACGAGUUUGCUCAUGCUUUUAGCACAUGGCCGCCUUGCAGUAGUUGUAGAGGUUGGGAGAUGCAAAGUGGCUAUGGCAGAAGCAGUGGCAGCUAUAUUACGUGCACUCCAGGAUAAACCCUUUGAACACAUGCCAUUCGUAACCAAUGAAAGUUCUCCAGAAGUAAAACAAGUAAUAAUUGAUGCAUUGACUACACAGAAAACAAACUGGAGCAGUUUAAGACAUCAUGCUCAAACAUCAUCCAUAGCAUGCAAACAAAAUGUGAAUUCUCCCAUCAUCAGGCCAUGUCAACAUGACUACUCUAGUCAGAUUCAAAUACUUGGCAAUAAUAUCCUAAGCCCAAAGAAUACCGUUUGCCUUGUAUAUGAUGACUUAAUGAUGGAGCAUUUCAACUAUGAAGAUGAGACAUACCCAGAGAGGCCAGAGAGAAUAAGCUGCAUUUAUAAGCGUUUUCAAGAGUUUGGCAUUAUUGACCGCUGUCUUGAGGUCAAGGCAAGGAAAGCAUCAGAAUAUGAGUUGGAAACUGCACAUUCUUCCAAGCACAUCAAUUUCAUGUCAACCCUUAAGGCUAAGAAACCUCAGGAACUCCUGUGCUUGCAGAAUAAAUUUGAAUCUGUUUAUCUUCACCGCUGCACCAAUGAUGCUGCUCUUGUUGCUGCAGGCUCCCUACUUGCGGCCGUGGACAGUGUUGCCUCAGGUGAAAGUCAGCGUGGGGUAGCAGUGGUACGUCCUCCUGGUCACCAUGCAGAAAGAAAUAAACCAUGUGGCUUCUGCUUUUACAACAAUGUGGCUAUUGCUGCCAAACAUGCUAUUAGUUCAUAUGGGCUGCAGAGAAUACUAAUCAUGGAUUGGGAUGUUCACCAUGGGAAUGGAAUUCAACUGUUUUAGGGAAAUCCCAGCCUCUAUAUAUCAAUCCAUCGCUAUGACAAUGGAAAGUUCUUCCCAGCCAGUUGUGAUGGAAACUACAAUAAAGUAGGCAUAAAGGAAGGGAAGGGAUACAAUGUGAAUAUCCCAUGGAACAAGAGAGGGAUGGGUGAUGGUGAAUACAUGGCAGCCAUGCUGGAGGUGGUGCUGCCUAUUGCUUACAUUCAAUCCCCAGCUUGUAUGGUUCCCGGCUUUGCUGCUGUUGGGGAUCCUCUUGGUGGAUGCAACGUGACACCAGAGUGUUACGGCCACAUGACAAGGUUGCUGACGUGCUUAGCUGAGGGUCGCGUUAUUGUGGCUUUGGAGGGUGGUUAUAAUCUGAGUACCAUGAGCUACUGCAUGACUAUGUGUGCCAAGGCUCUGCUUGGAGACCCUCUCAUUCCUCUGGCUCAGAAUUUAAUGCCUUGUACUAGUGCUACAGAAACACUGAGCAGUGUUGUUGAUGUACAUAGAAAAUUUUGGUCAGCACUAAACUUUAAGGAUGAAGCUAAAUCAGCCAUGGGUCAAAUUUCAUCGCCCAGAAGGAAUGGAAGUACACCAGCCAUCCAACAAGGGGAUUACAUUACCUCAGCUUCUUCACACUCUUCAAAUAAGAGCUCUGAAGGAAAGUGUACAGGAUUGGAAGAGCUGACUGGCAACUUUAGCCGAGUAAAACUGGAUGACGUGGCCACAAGUGUAACAGCAGCCUCUUGUGAAACUAAGCUACCAGGAAAUGAGAUCACAGAAGAAGACAUGGGUGCUGUGGGAGGAUCUUCUGGAGUCUCAGCAGGUGGAAACAUCACUACUUUCCAGCUGUCUGAAUUUGCUACUGGUGAGCAAAUGUUUGCAGUGGUUCCAAGAACAUGGUGUCCCCAUCUUGAAGAAAUUAAUCGUGUGCCUAGUAGUGGGUUGAACACUGCUAACCCAUGUGAAGAAUGUCAAGAUUCAUCAGAGAACUGGGUCUGUCUUACUUGCUACAAGGUAUUAUGUGGAAGGUUUGUGAGAGAGCACAUGCUGAUGCACAGCUUAACAGAGGAACACAAGAUGGUGCUAAGCUAUGCUGACCUGUCUGUCUGGUGCUAUGCCUGUGAUGAUUAUGUCCACCAUCCAAUCUUGGACGAGGCAAAACGUGUAGCUCAUCUGGACAAGUUUGGAGAAGAUAUUCCUGAGUAUUCAUAAAGAUGUUCAUUACUAGUGGGAAAAGUGGAUCAGGUCAGCAUUGUAGCCAGUGUAGUUCAAAUACAGCUUACUUUAAACUUCAUGUAAAUCUUUCAUUGUUGACAAAGAAAAUUUUACAAAAUGUAGCCCUUAAACCGGUGAAGUGUGAAAAGUACAUAAGGAGUUACUACAGCAAGCCUUGUGUUAUUCUUGAUCUGACGGAAAGGAUGUCACUUGAAGAUAUCAAACUACUUAACUUCUACAUUGGGAAAAGAAUUUUUUUGACUGAAAAGUGUACACUUAUAGCUAGGUUAAAUAUAAAUAACACUUUUAUACCUUAUUUAUGUUACAGACAGCCUUAUGUAAAAUAGCUUUAACGUAUGAACUGCAGCUCAUGUUUCCUCAGUAUGAGUUUGAAUUUUCACGUUAUCACCAUAUUAUUUACACUAGAGGCAUUACAUACAUUUUUAAAUGUUUUAGCCUUUAUUGUAUAAAUUAAUAGUUAUACAGUGGACCCCCGCCUUGUGAUAUUAAUCCGUUCCUGAGAGCUCAUCGUAAGCCAAAUUAAUUUUCCCAUAAGAAAUAAUGGAAAUCAAAUUAAUCCGUUCCUGACACUCCAGAGUAUGAAAAAAAACUUUUUUACCACAUGAAAUAUUAAUUUUAAUACACACAAGCUGAUGAAGACAUGCACAAUUACUACUCUACUAAGAGAAUACAUGACACUUGCCUUUAUUGAAGAUCUGGUGGUGAUUGAAGGGAUGGGAGGAGGGGAGUGUGUGAAAGUUAUUGUUUAGAAGGGGAAUCCCCUUCCAUUAGGACUUGAGGUAGCAAGUCCUUUUCUGGGGUUACUUCCCUUCUUUUAAUGCCACUAGGACCAGUUUGAGAGUCACUGGACCUCUGUCGCACAACAGAUCUGUCCAUAGAGCUAUGUACCUCCCGUUCCUUAAAGACUUUCCUAAAAUGGGCCAUAACAUUGUCAUUGUACAGGUUGCCAACACGGCUUGGAGUAGCUGUGUCAGGGUGAUUUUCAUCCGUAAAGGUUUGCAGUUCAACCCACUUUGCACACAUUUCCUUAAUCUCUUUUUUCAAUUCCAUACUAAUUCUCGCCCUUUUUAUCACAGGGAUGGCACUAGAAGCUUUCUUGGGGUCCAUGGUGACUUAUUUUGCAGCUACAAGCACUAAAAACACUGGGAUAAUGUGAAAUGUACCGAAUGUAUGCGUAGAUGCGACCGCACUGGCUGGCUUGUAAACAUUGGCGCUGAGGCCACACGUGGGACGUGUCCCAGACGAAUAACGUAAGGCGAGUUUUUUAUCGUGAGGCGAGGCAAAAUUUUUGCGUUCAAAUGCUUCGUAUGGUGGAUUUAACGUAACGCGAUGCGUUCGUAAGGUGGGGGUCCACUGUAUAUGUGUAUAUAUAUUCACAGGGAAGUGUUAAGCCCAUAGAGAUCUGAAAGCGCCUGAGGAAUGGGAUGUACAGUGGACCCCCGGUUAACGAUAUUUUUUCACUCCAUAAGUAUGUUCAGGUGCCAGUACUGACUGAAUUUAUUCCCAUAAGGAAUAUUGUGAAGUAGAUUAGUCCAUUUCAGACCCCCAAACAUACACGUACAAACGCACUUACAUAAAUACACUUACAUAAUUGGUCGCAUUCGGAGGUAAUCGUUAUGCGGGGGUCCACUGUAAUUAGGAGAGGGGGAGCUCAAAUUCCUUAAAUUAUGUCAUCCUGCAUCCCAUAAUUUUUCUUCUGAAUUUUGAUCUUCCAAAAGAAAUCUUUAAGAGCAGUCACUUGUAGAUAAAAAUAUUUUUCUUCAGAUACUUAAAUACUUGCCAGAUAGUUUGGCAUAUAUGUAAUACAUAUUGGUUACAAUGGUGUGCAUGCACAAUGCAAGUUUUUCUUUUUUUUGUGUGU